AUGUUCUGCCGCUCCUGCAUGUCCAACGUAUCAGCGGCCUCCUCGUCCAGCCGCACCCGCGCGCUCGCGACGACAGCCCUGCGCCUCGCGCACACGCACGCACUACGUCACUCGUCGCUACUGACGCACUCACGGCCGUCGUCCCGCACCCCUGCGCACCACCACCAACAGGCGGGGCCCUCGUCACAGGCACGCGAGGCGUUCCACACGCGUUCCGCGGCGUUCUCGACGACGGCGCGGAGGGGGGCGGACGAGCUGCCGCGGGAGAACCUGCAGGCGAUCUUCGAGCAGCAGCAGCAGCGAUUCCUGAAGCUGCUGCAGGAGAAGCCGGAGGUGGAGGAGCACAUCAGGGGGUUCGUGCAGCUGCUGAAGGAUAACGGCGUCGACGUCUCGUCGGGGCAGAUGCCGAGCAAGUUGGAUAUGUUCCAGCUGAUGAUGAAGAAGGAGAUACGGGAGAGCGCUACGUGCAUGGCGACGACACUCCAAGAGGCGGGCAUUGACCUGCGGAACCCGGAGAUGAUGCAAUCGUUGAUGACGAUGCAGAGCAUAUCCAGGGGCAACAAGUGA